GCAAGUAUGAGGCAAAGGCCUCCUGAAGCAGAUGUGCAGCAGAACUCUCUACCAACUUUUGGGAGGCCGCUAAGUGCUGCAGAGGCCUCGGGAACGGAGCAAAGAGUUCCACAUGUUUAUAUUCUACAGGAAAAUAAAUCAAGUGAAGGAGCCACUUAGAAAUUACAGACAGCAUCAGAGAAGAUAUGACUGGCAAAGAAGAGAAUAUGCAGAGUGCAAACAGAGUGCUGAGGAUAAGUCAGUUGGAUGCACUUGAACUGAAUAAGGCCCUGGAGCAGCUUGUGUGGUCCCAGUUUACUCAGUGCUUUCAUGGAUUUAAGCCAGGACUGUUAGCUCGCUUUGAGCCAGAAGUAAAAGCAUUUCUGUGGCUUUUCCUAUGGAGGUUCACCAUCUACUCCAAAAAUGCCACCGUGGGGCAGUCAGUUUUAAAUAUUCAGUACAAAAAUGAUUCUUCUCUCAACCUGCUAUACCANCCACCAANUAAAACUCAGAAACUGUGGUAUGCUGUGUGCACCAUUGGGGGCAGGUGGUUAGAAGAACGAUGUUAUGAUUUGUUUCGAAACCAUCAUUUAGCGUCUUUUGGGAAAGCCAAACAGUUCAUGAAUUUUCUGGUUGGACUUUUAAAAUUAGGGGAGUUGAUAAACUUCUUGAUUUUCCUACAAAACGGAAAGUUUGCAACUUCAACAGAACGCCUCCUUGGCAUUCAUUCCGUAUUUUGCAAGCCCCAGAACAUGCGCGAAGUUGGCUUUGAGUACAUGAAUAGGGAACUUCUCUGGCAUGGCUUUGCUGAGUUUCUGAUUUUUCUCUUACCACUUAUCAAUAUCCAGAAGUUGAAAGCCAAAUUGUCUUCCUGGUGUAUCCCCCUUACUGGUGCUACUGGUCAUGACAGUACACUAGGCAGCAGUGGAAAAGAGUGUGCUCUGUGUGGAGAGUGGCCCACAAUGCCUCACACUAUUGGAUGUGAACAUGUAUUUUGUUACUACUGUGUUAAGAGUAGCUUCCUAUUUGACAUAUACUUUACGUGCCCAAAGUGUGGCACAGAAGUGCACAGUGUGCAGCCCUUGAAAUCGGGAAUUGAAAUGUCAGAAGUAAAUGCUCUUUAGAAACCAAGUUGUUUCCUCUGAGAAAAGUGUAUUAUAUCCAAUUCCUUGGAAUUAGUCAUCCUCGGUGUCAUCUGUAGGUGGCUUUUAACAGGAGUGUGCUGUACAGCCACUCUCUUCCUUUACAAGCACAACUCAGUUCUAAUCACUGGAAACCAAAUGAUACUAGAAAAUCUUAUAAAUGUUCAUGUAAUUUUUUUAGAUCAUCUAAUACAAUUUUUAAUGUCAAGAAUACUGGAAAUUUUUUGUCAGAUGAAUACUAAGAAUGACUUAGAAUACUUCUUCAUAGAAAAAGGUCAGACUCUAAAAAUAAAGAUUUUUGAGACUCUGGAAA